AUGAGCCACGAGAAGCAGGAGGCGGACUUCACUGCGGAGGUGGAUACGCUCCUCCCGCAGCUGGAAAAGCUCGCGGAUGUAUGUAUAUAUCACUCACACAAGGCGGGCUCGCUCCAGGAUGCACUCGAUCUCAUCGCGUCGUUGGAGAAGCGCACGCGCGGGUCUGCGGACCUCCUUAGCACGACACGUCUGCUCAUGACAGCUGUACUUAUGAUUCGGACAAAUAAAGGCACCGACAACACGAAUAUGCAGCUUCUGUGUGAUACGAUCCAGUCGUAUGCCAAAAAGCACGGCCAGCUCAAGCAAGCUACAGCACGUAUGGUGCAGCUCGCCAUGCUCUUUCUUCGAGCUCCCGAGAAGUCAGGCUUCAAUCUUCCCGGAUCUCUCUAUGCCGUAAUUGAGAAGGACUCUCUCUCUGGCCAACCAGCGUCUGAGUCCAUGGCAGUGGAUGAGGAAGACAAGCAACAAGGGGACGAACCCGAUCGGUCUGGCAAGGAAGACGACCGCGUGCUCAUGCUGACAGAACGAGGCCGCACUAUUGGAGAUACUGGGCUUAGCGAAGAUGCCAAGAUGCAGCUCAUGAAAACACUGCAAGAGGUCACCGAAGGGAAGGUCUUUCUGGAAGUGGAGCGUGCCCGUGUGAGCCGGCUGCUUUCUGACCAGCUCUAUGCGCACGGGGAAGUGAACCAGGCGGCGGAUACUCUCCAGGAACUUGCCGUGGAGACGUUCGGCAGCAUGGACCGCCGUGAAAAGGUGGAGUUCAUUCUCGAGCAGAUGCGCCUCAAUGUUGAGCGAUCAGACUUUCAUCGCGUUAAUAUGCUUAGCCGCAAGAUUCAUACCAAGUUCUUCGAAGAUGAGGCGCAGCAUGACCUCAAGCUAUUGUAUUAUGAGCUGAUGAUAAAGACUGGUAUGCAUGACGACAAGCCUCUGGACGUUUGCAAAUAUUAUCGCGAAGUGCGCAAUACACCGCGCGUACAAGCAGACGAGGAGAAGUCUCGGGAUGCAUUGCGUCAUGCCAUCAUAUUCCUUGUCCUAGCGCCCUUUGACCCCGAACAGAGCGAUCUCAUGGGCCGGGUCGAGGCUAGUGAGCCACUAGACACUGUGCCCGAGUACAAGAGCUUACUCAAGUGCUUCACUACACCCGAGCUCAUGCGUUGGCCCGGCAUCGAGGCACUCUUUGGUCCCAUGCUUCGUGCACUGCCGGUCUUUAGUGGAAGCAAAGAAGGCGAGAAGCGUUGGAAGCAACUACAUACGCGCGUGGUCGAGUACAACCUCCAGGUUAUCGCUAAAUACUACACAAAAAUUCGACUCUGCCGACUGGCGCAGCUCCUAGAUCUCACUGCCGAUCAGGCAGAGGAGGCGCUGGCCGAUUUGGUGGUUAAGAAGACCAUCCACGCGCGAAUUGAUCGACCCGCGGGGCUCAUCAACUUUGAACCACGGAUGUCUGACGAUGAAGUGCUGAAUCAAUGGAGCAAUGAUAUGUCCAAGCUUUUACAGACAGUCGAAAAGGUCUCCCAUCUCGUUGAGAAGGAGUGGGCUAUCCACCGCGCUGGACUAGUCGUAAAAGCCAACGAAUGA